CCUCUCGAUCAUCAAGUCAAGAUUAGCAAGCUCUAGACUAGUCAUCUUGCUUGCUCCAGAAAUAUCCUCGACAUGGACAGCGGACGAUACUCACCAUCAAGUCCUGCGAUGCCGGAACUGCCGGACGAGGAGGAGGAGCCGACCGACCUUCAGGCAGACGUGCAGGAUGCCAUUGACAAUCUGGAGCACAUCGAUCAAAUCGAAUCCGGGUUGGACGAAGCUGCGUCGGCCGUUUUAGGCUUAGAGGGAGUGCAUGCGGACCAUCAGACGGGGGGACAAUCUUCUUCGGAACAAGAGGUUUUCCACGAUGCUACCGCUCAAGAGGCCGAGUUGGAGCAAGAGAUCGCCCAGUUGCCUGAUGCGGCUGCGACGAGCUUGAUGGGAGAGGCUGCCGGCCAGUACACGCAGACGGGAGGAUCGAGUGAGGAUGCAGAUGCCGAGGGCGAGAUCGACAUGGAUUUGGGGGACGAUGACGAGAGCGAGCAGCCUCUACCGGUCGCUUCGAACACGUACCCCAGCAACUACGACGACCCCAACAUCGAUCCUGCUCUACUGGGAAUGGAUGCAGAAGUACCAGCGGCUCCGCCUUCGUUCCCAAUCCCGCAGGCUACCGCUACGGCGGCUUCGGCGUCAAACACUUCGACACCUAUCCCCGUUGCACCCGAAUCGACAUCGACGAGCAACACCCCUACUCAGCCUGAACAGCGUCAACGUGACAACCGAUCUGCAUCCCCCGCUCGUCCCGCUCCUACUCGUCGUCGGCCAGGCCAACAACGCCGAUCCCCCUCAUACUCCCUCGACGCCGCUCCUGCUGCUCCCAACCCCAUUCCUACACCUGCUUCCACUUCGCACAACCCGAUCGUAGCCCCCGGUUCGAGGGCGGGAUUGCCAGUGAAACCCGUAACGGGGCCAACACCCCCAUCGUCAGGGAGGAGGACUGAGCCGAGGCAUUACGCACCAAGAUUCAGUUUCGAGGGGGUCGAGUUUCCGGAAGGGAUUCAGGUAUCGAGUCCGAGCGUGAUGGCGCAUCAGGCGCUGGCUUCCAGCUGGGUCGAGAGCAAAGAGAACAAGGCGGCCAACGCUCAGGCUUCUUUAGCCAUGUUUGAGGCGGCGCGGUCGGACGGAGACGUCGAAGGUGCCAGGUCAUGGUAUCAGGCCUUCUCUAAAGACAAUCCGACAGCGGUCGGACCAAUGUUGGACAUGAUCAACUUUGAACUCGCACAUGGGAAUUUCCCCCAAGUCGUUGCGCUUUACGAAAAGGCUCUUCGGGGUUUGGGAGGAAGCGUCGGUGCCGUUCCCGGCGUUGACAUCUGGCGUUCAUAUCUGCAUUACAUCCGGAGGCAGAACCCGAUCCCUGCUCCCGGAUCUGCAAAUGCUAGUUCUGCGGAUGCGGUUAGGGAGACGGUUGUUAGGGCCUACGAACUCGCGCUCAAAGAAGCUGGGAUGGAUAUCGCCGCGGGGCACGUCUGGAGGGAGUAUAUCGCCUUUUUGGGCGAAAAGGAGUGCACAAACACGUGGGAAGCCCAGACUCAAACGGAUGCGAUCCGAAAGGUCUACCACCGGGCCGUAGCGAUCCCCUUGAUGGAUGUGGAACAGAUCUGGAGGGAGUACGACGGGUUCGAGAACAAGUUGAACAAGAUGACGGCCAAGAAAUUCCUUGCCGAGCGUUCUCCGCUCUACAUGACCGCUCGAACCGUUCUGCGGGAUCUGAAACUCCAGACAGAACCCCUGGUUGCCAUGCCGAUUCCACCCCGGCCGACACGGUCAGAAGCCGAUCGAGCUUUGGUAAUCAAUUGGAAAAAGUACCUCAAGUGGGAGGAAAGCAAUCCUCUCGAUAUCGAAGAGCCCGCGGCGCUGCAGGCUCGAGUUGGGUAUGCGCUGCGCAAGUGCUUGACCCAGAUGAGGUUCUUCCCCGAGUUGUGGCAUCAGGCAGCAGUCUUCUAUGAAGGUCAAGAGAAACCAGAAGAGGUCUUAUCCUACCUCAAAACGGGUCUCGAGGCCAACCAGUCCAGCUUCUUGUUGACUUUUGCGCUGGCCGAGCAAGAGGAGAUUCGACAAAACAAGGCGGCUGCUCGGGAAGUAUACGACAACUUGAUCAAGAACCACGGAGCCGAAAUUGACAAGCUGAAAAGGUCGAUCAGCGAAGAGGUCGACGAGGCAAAGGGCCCCGAGAUUGAAGAUGACGAGGUUGAGUUCCUGCGUGCAGACGACGAGGAUAUGGAUGGGGCAGAGCUGUCCGAGACUCAGAAACGCAAGGCGGAGCGGGAAGCCAGAGGAAAGGCGGUGAUCGAUCGGCGCCAGAAGGAGCUGGAUGAUCUUGUCACAGCUGCUGGUGUCAUCUGGGUCAUGUACAUGAGGUUUGCAAGACGUACAGAGGGUUUGAGGUCUGCCAGGGGCAUAUUCUCUGCUGCGCGCAAGUCACCAUACGUGUCAUGGCACGUCUUUGAAUCAGCAGCGCAAAUGGAGUAUCACUGUAACACGGAUGCCAACAUUGCUACCAAAAUCUUCGAACUCGGAUUGAAAGCCUUCCCGGAGGAUGUAGCUUUUGCCGUCAAAUUUUUGGAAUUCCUUAUCCAGAUUAACGAUGACAGCAAUGCCCGUGCUCUGUUUGAGCGACUAGUCCUCAAGUUCCCGGCCGACAGGGCACGACCGAUCUGGGAUGCGUGGGCCAAGCACGAAUAUCUCUACGGAGAUUUGGCCGCAUCUCGGAAACUGGAAGCGCGUCUGAAGGAGACUUACCCGAACGACGCACCCUUAAGACGUUUCGCUUCGCGGUUCGUUUACAACGGGAUUGACGAAAUUGCUAGUCGUGACCUCGGCUUCGGCGUCAAGCGAGAAGCAGCACCCUUGCCCAAGCGGACACGACCGGAGGAUUCACCGAUGCGAUCACCAAGAAUACCCGAGCCCCGAUUCAGGGAUCGCGAUGAUCGUCAGCCUCUUCCGCCUGUUCGGGAGCCACCACCCAAGCGCCAGAGAGGCUUUUCACCACCCCGACGGAACGGGCGUGCAGGACCGCAAGAGGAUGAUCGUAGACGACGAGAUUUCUCGCCGCCACCGGGACCUCGUCGCGAUAUGCCACCUGUUCAACAAUUGCCAGUUGUACCACCAGGCCUGGAACGGGAUCCUUCAGGUCUUCCGAGGGCUGUCGUUUGGUUCAUGGGCAACCUCCCUCGGGCUAGGCUGUUUGAUGGACCGAUUUUCAAACCGGAAGACCUUAUGGAUGUUCUAGGGCGAGCAAAUAUCCCGCAUGCUGGACUUGGUAACAACAUGCCGAUGGGUCCCGGACUCGGUCUCGGACCACAUGGUUUCGGCGGUCGCGGAAGAUUCUAGAGGAGGUAUGAGAACUUGUCAUAUAUACAUCAAACGAUGACGAAGAUCUCUAUGGUAUACAAGUAUUCAAGCAAUAUAUAUUUCCUACGCUCAAUAAAUCCCCGUUAUCACCACCCGUGGUAGCUAUACGAUACG